AUGGCGGAGAAGGACAAGACAAGACAACGCAUCCUAAUGUUGUCUCUUGCCUCUCUUCUGCUUCUUCUAGUCACGCGUGCCACAUCCCUUCUGUUCAGCGAGGAGCCAAAGUCCCAGGAUGCAUUGCACGGGCGUAGCGCCAUGCUCCGCUGCGAGGUGGGCACCCUGGAGGAUGUCGACUACACCUGGCUCCAGAAUGGCGCCGCGGUAACCAACACGGACCGCCGCUACCAGGAGGGAGGCAACCUCAAGUUCACCGCUGUGGAUCGCACCCUGGACUCCGGAAGUUUCCAGUGCCUGGCCCUCAUCAACGCCACGGGACAACAAGCACUUUCGAACAACGCCUCCUUCAACAUCAAAUGGUUGGAGAGUGGUGCAGUCACGCUUCAGGAGCCCUCGUCGGAGGCGGACAUCGAGAGCGCCUCUCCCGUAACGCUGCGCUGCAAUAUUGAUGGACAUCCAAGGCCGACCUGCCGUUGGUUUCGGGACGGCGUUCACCUGACGGAGCGGGACAAGAUCCACCGUGUCAACAACAAGGAGCGGACCCUCACCAUCCCCAGCGCCACGCCGGAGAACAACGGCCUCUACUAUUGCUGUGGCAAAAACCCCGCCGGGCACGCCUGCAGCAACGUCAACUUCACACUCAACAUCAUCGAUAAAAGCUACCCCCAGCCGCUGGUGACCCCCGAGGACCUGGUGGUGUUGAAGAACGAGGAGGCCAUGUUCCACUGCCAGUUUAUAGCCGAGCCGCCCCCGACCGUGGUGUGGUACCACGAGGACGAACCCGUAGCCAAUAAGUCACGUGUGUUCCUGAUGGGGAACGGCUCCCUCUUCAUCACCCAGGUGAAGCCCCGCAACACGGGCACCUACAAGUGUGUGGGCAAGGGACCGCAGGGCCAGGCCGUCGCCCUCGAGGCAUCCCUCCAGCUCGCUGAGCUGGAGGACAUGAUCGCCAGCGUGUCCCGGGUCUUCACUGCCGACUCGCUGGAGCACGUGGCCUGCCGUCCUCCUCACGGCCACCCCAAGCCGGAGGUGUGGUGGGAGCGGGAGGGCCAGCGGGUGCCCUCGGAGGGCCGCGUCUACCAGGAGGGCCUCAACCUGGUCUUCCGCCCCACACGCGGCAGCGACUCCGGAGUCUACACCUGCGUGGCCCAGAACAAGGCAGGCACCAGGAAACAGGAGCUCACUGUCACGGUGGCCACACCGCCGGUUUGGGUCCAGAAGCCGGAGAGGAGCGAGCUGCAUGAGGGUCAGCCAGGCUACCUGCACUGCCAUGCCACCGCCAACCCCCAGCCCGAAUCCGCCUGGUUCAGAAACCACGCCCCUAUCGAAAGUGAAGAUUCCCGCUUUAAGCAGUUUGAUAACGGGACUCUGCGCAUCAACAGUGUGGAGGUGUAUGACAACCACAUCCACUACAGCUGCAUGGUGAAAAACCAGGCGGGGAUGCUGACCGCCGUGGCCAGCGUGUUUGUACUGCAGCGGCUGAAGUUCACCCCCACCCCUCAGCCGUCCCAGUGCCUGGAGCUGGGGAAGGAGGGCAGUGUGACGUGCUCUGCCAGGGGACAGGAGCCACCCACCAUCCAGUGGAUCAAAACAGAUGGCAGCGAGAUCCCUCCGUGGGUGAGCCAGAGCGAGGGCACGCUGCAGUUCUCCAAGGUGUUGCCCGGGGACGCGGGAAACUACACCUGCGUGGCCUCCAACAGCAUCCAGGGCCAGAUCACCGCUGAGGUGGAGAUCACCGUCGCAGAGUUUGUGUCGUUUAAGCUGGAGCCGGAGAACACCACCGUGUACCAGGGCCACACCGCCACCCUGCACUGCCAGGCCAGCGGAGACCCCACUCCCCACAUCACGUGGAAGAAGAAGGAUGCCAGGGCCAUCAGAAGCAGGCAUCAGACCAUGUCCAACGGCUCGCUGGUGAUCUACGACGUGGGCAUGGAGGACACCGGGAGCUACAUCUGCAUCGCCGGGAACAAGUGCAACAUCGGCCACAUAUCAGCAGAGCUCUACGUUGUCGAGAAGCCUGUGCACCACUCUCUGGAGGUGGAGAGGACGCCGUACAAGAUGAUCCAGACAGUGGGGCUGUCGGUGGGGGCGGCGGUGGCCUACAUCAUCAUCGUGCUGGGCCUCAUGCUCUACUGCAAGAGGAGACGCAACGCCAAGCGCCUGCAGAAGGGAAGCGGGGAGGGAGGAGAGGAGGCCGAGACCGAGUGCCUCAAUGGGGGCGCCAGUGUUCAGCAGAAUGGCCAGACCACGGCCCAGAUCCAGGAGGAGGUAGCCCUGGGCAACAUGGCUGCGCCGGGCAACGCCAACAAGCGCCACAGCACCCACGACAAAUUCCACUUCCCCCGCUCCAACCUCACCAACAUCACAACUCUAGGUAAGGGAGAGUUCGGCGAGGUGUUCCUGGCCAAGGCUAAGCUCGGCGGGGAGGACGACCCGGAGGUGGCGGUGCUGGUGAAGAGUCUUGUGACGCGAGACGAGCAGCUGCAGCUGGAGUUCCGGCGGGAGGCCGACAUGUUCGCCAAGCUCUGCCACCACAACAUCACGCGCAUACUGGGCAUGUGCAGGGAGGCGGAGCCAUACUACAUGCUCUUGGAGUACCCUGAUAUGGGUGACCUGAAGCAAUACUUGAAAAACUCCAAAUCAGAAAAUGAGAAAGUGAAGCUUCUCAGUACAAAGCAGAAAGUGUCCAUUUGUCUGCAAGUGGCGAAGGGGAUGGAACAUCUCUCUAACCAACGUUUUGUGCACAAAGACUUGGCCACUAGGAAUUGCCUCAUCAGUUCCAAACGCCAUGUCAAAAUAUCAUCUCUACACCUCAGCAAAGAUGUGUACCAGAGUGAGUACCAUCACUACCGGCAGAACUGGAUCCCCCUGCGCUGGCUUCCCUCUGAGGCCGUCUUUGAGGACGACUUCUCCACCAAGUCAGACGUGUGGGCCUUCGCCGUGCUCGCCUGGGAGGUCUUCAGCUUUGGAGAACUUCCAUACACGGAUUUGUCUGAUGAGAAAGUCCUUGAGGAUCUUCAGGAGGGGAAGCUGAAGUUGUCCCCGCCUCACGGCUGCCCGUCGCGUGUCUAUAAGCUGAUGAUGAAAUGCUGGGCCCCCAGCCCUAAAGACAGGCUCUCCUUCAGCGACAUCGUCACCGCACUCAGCGAUCUGCCCUCCGAAAGCAAGGUCUAGGGUGGCUGUGAGGGUUGGUGUGUGUGUGUGUGUGUGUGUGUGUGUGUGUGUGUGUGUGUGUGUGUGUGUGUGUGUGUGUGUGUGUGUGUGCGUGUGUGUGUGUGUGUGCGUGUGUGUGCGUGUCAACGUGUGCGUGCGUGCGUGCGUGCGUGCGUGGUUGUUUGCAUGCUUAGCUGUAUGUAUGUACGUGUGCGCAUACUGGUACAAGUGUUUUGCCUGCGUGUGUGUGCCUGCGUGUGUGUGUGUGUGUGUGUGUGUGUGUGUGUGUGUGUGUGUGUGUGUGUGUGUGUGUGUGUGUGUGUGUGUGUCUGACCUGUCUGUCUGUCUGUCUGUCUUUCUAUCUGGGUUGUCUACAAUGGAAUAACCCCUCCCCACUCCCCCUCACCCACCAAAAUAAUGUGAUAUUUUGUUUUCAUAAGUCAUGUUGUGGGGUGAUUUUAGAUGUAUCGGCCUAGAAGAUGCCAUUAACAAACUUGUUUUUUUUGUUUUUGAUAUUUUUCACUUAUGUGAAACUGAUAUUAUAAAUUAUCUCAGCAGUUCAAGUGAGGAUCGUUGAUGUUGUUGCUGGGGUGUGUGACACACCAUGUAAAGACCAUGCACUGAUCGCAGGCCUUCAAUGCCUGGUGUUUUCAGGAUUUCUUGUUUUAUCAUUAUUUUGUACAGAAGGGUACUAUUUUGUAUUGUAUACGUUUUUAUACGGUUUAAACAUUUUUAUUUUGCAUAGAAUAGCCUAAUUCACCGGGAAAAAAUGUGUAAAUAAAAAUGGUGUAGUUAGUAACUGAACUCUUAAAACCCAAGUGCCUGUUUCAAUGAAGAAAAUGUCUAUUGUAGCAUAGGCCUAUAAACUGUCAAAACAACAUGCUGUACUUUUAUGCAUUUUGUAUUUUUUACAUGAUUUUUAAAUUUUUUAUAGUGUGUGCCAUUUAUUUUUUAACAUAUAAACCUAUGUUUGAUACAUUCACUAAUAUAAUUGUAGGCUUCCAGCUACCACCUGCAGCCGGAAAGCUUUGAUGACCUAGCCAGGAGCUUUUCUGUUGAUAGACCUACAAUAAAAGUGCAAA